UCUAUUAUACUAUUUACACCGGUUUUUUGCCAACACUGUUUGUCAGAAUAAUAUAUUUAUAACUGUCUCUUCAUUAAUGUCUACCGCUGCCACCACUCUUACCGGUGCUCAGAUCGUUGCGCAGUCGCUUAAGCAACAAGGCGUCACUGUCGUCUUCGGCAUUGUCGGUAUCCCAGUGGUCGAAGUGGCCGAGGCCAUCCAAGCGGAAGGCAUCAAAUUCAUAAGUUUCCGCAACGAGCAGUCCUGCAGCUACGCAGCUUCCGCCUGGGGCUUCCUCAACCAAAAGCCUGGUAUCUGUCUGGUAGUCUCGGGCCCCGGCGUGGUACACGCACUGGCUGGCGUCAUCAACUCUCAAGUCAACACCUGGCCGCUCAUCCUCAUUGGCGGCUCCUGCGAGACUUCCUUGGAGGGCUCCGGCGCCUUCCAAGAGUGCUUGCAGGUGGAGAUGUGCCGCCCUUACACGAAGUUUGCCCAGAGACCGGCGAGCAUCGGGCAGAUUCCGGACAUCAUUGAGAGGGCAUUCAGGCAUUCCAUUGUGGGAAGACCCGGGGCUGCAUAUGUGGACCUGCCGGCGGAUUUCAUCCAGGGCCGGGUAUCAUCGGGUGAUGUGCGGGUUGUCAGGGAGGUGCGGCCGACGUUUGCGCAGGCUGAUCCUGAGGACAUCCGCAGAGCCGUCGAGCUGCUGAAGCAGGCCCAAAGCCCCCUCGUGGUGGUGGGCAAAGGCGCGGCGUACGCUAGGGCUGAAAAAGAGAUCCGCGAGCUCAUUAAUGUCUAUCAGGCGCCGUUCCUCCCGACACCAAUGGGCAAGGGUGUUGUGCCGGAUGCUCAUCCGCGCAAUGCAUCGAGUGCGCGAUCGGGGGCACUCAAGGGCGCUGAUGUUGUUUUGCUGCUGGGCGCGCGCGUUAAUUGGAUUUUACACUUUGGCAAGCGCUUCAACCCCAAUGCCAAGAUUAUCCAGGUCGACGUGUGUGCUGAAGAAAUGGGCGUCAACACGCCUGUGGAUGUUUGUCUCCAAGGUCAUCUGCCCCUGGUUGUCCGCCAGCUCAUAGAUGCCCUCGAUGGUCCAUUUGUGCCCAACCCUGAGGAUAACAUCUUUGUCGCAGAGUUAGCCCGCCAUGCUUCUGCUAAUGUCGCCAAGCAGGAGAUCAAGUACCACUCGGAUGUGUUGCCCAUGACCUAUUAUCGGGCGUUCUACGAGAUCAAGAUCAGACUGCCCGAGGACGUCGUUUUAAUCAGUGAGGGUGCUAAUACGAUGGAUAUUGCGCGCACUGUGUAUGAUUUCCAACUCCCUCGACGCCGCCUGGAUUGCGCCACAUAUGCAAACAUGGGUGUCGGCAUGGGAUUUGCCAUUGCCGCGCAGCUGCACUACCCUUCGUCGCAUAUUGUUGCUAUUGUCGGUGACUCCGCGUUCGGAUUUAGCGCUAUGGAAUUGGAGACUGCUGUGCGUAGUCAUUUGCCCCUGGUGGUUAUUGUAAUUAACAAUAACGGGAUAUACUAUGGAUUUGAGAAGGACGAAUUUAAUGAGUUGGAUCAGAGAGGCAUAGUACCAGCUACUUCGUUGACACCGGAGGUUCGGUACGAGAUGAUUGCGCAGGCUGUAGGCGCUAGGGGUGAGUUGGUUAGGACCCCCGAGGAGUUGGGUGGUGCUGUGGAGAGGGCGUUAGGGCAUAAAGGAUUGUCGCUGAUCAAUUGCCUGAUUGCUCCUGGCGGUCACCAAAAGUUGGACUUUGCAUGGAUGUCCAAAUAAAUACUCUAAUUUUAAUAUCUCAAUAUAUCUGUUACAAAGGGGUAUAAACCAAAUAAGGAUAUUUAUUUCCUCCAAGAACAAUUCUUGGCUGCCCGACAGCCACACCUUUUAUGUUCCCCUGGUGUACAAAUAAACUAUAAUAAAAACCUACCAUCAUUUCUUAAUUGCCACGCGGGUAAUCAAUUAAUCUCAGUAAGGCAACAUGUAACACCAUAUGCCGUAACUGUGACAAAUACAAUAAACUAAAAAA